GUGGAAUGAAAGAUGGUAGAUAGAGUCAAACAUGGAGGACCGACGCACAGAGUCAUGAGAGCGCCGCAAAACUUUUUGGAAAAGGUGGAUGCAGGACUGCCUGUGUCGAUUUGACCCACGUUUGUUUCUUCAUCGUGAAGUUUUCUGUUUCCGAGAGUCAAUGGGAGUUAAACAUUUGUAAUGCAGUAGAAAGUUGCGAUAUAUUUGUUGUUGGAGCAAAGGCAGGGGGUCAUACCCCCCUAGCGUCCCAGCAGCGCUAUGCCGUGGGUGAGCAGCUGUAAACGGAGAGAGAGCUCGGAGCUGCCGCUGCCCCCGGGCUGGGAGGAAGCCAGGGAUUAUGAUGGCAGAGUCUUUUAUAUUGACCACAACACUCGACAAACUUCAUGGAUCGAUCCCAGAGACAGGAUUACCAAGCCCCUGACCUUUGCUGACUGUGUGGGGGAUGAGCUUCCUCUGGGCUGGGAGGUGGUGUAUGACCAGCAGGUGGGCGUCUACUACAUCGACCACAUCAAUAAGACGACCCAGAUAGAGAACCCUCGCACACAAUGGCGUCAGGAGCAGGAGCGCAUGUUAAAAGAGUACCUGGUGGUGGCACAGGAGGCUCUCAAUGCCAAGAAAGAGAUGUAUCAGAUCAAACAGCAAAGACUCGAGCUGGCACAGCAAGAGAUGCAACUCUUCAACCAGCUCACUCAGGAUGACAACCGUUCCAUCACCAGCUCUCACUCUGGUUCCUCUUCAAAUGCAAAAUAUGACCCUGACCAAAUCAAAGCGGAAAUCGCAUGUAGGCGUGAGCGGCUCACCAGACUCAAACAGGAACUGGCUCAGAUGAGACAGGAGCUGCAGUACAAGGAAAUGGGAGUGGAGACCCUACAGGAAAUUGACCGGAAGAUGUCAAGCAGUCAGACCAAUUACAAAUUAGAUGAAGCACAGGCCAUCUUCAGCGAGCUCCGCAGCAUUAAAAAGGCCAUCAGCACCGGCGAGAAGGAGAGGCAGGACCUCAUCCAGAGCCUGGCCAAGCUGACGCUGAACUUCUGUGACUCCAUUAAUGAGGUGGCCAACAGUGCAAAUACCCUCGGUGACUCCUGUAGUGUACAACAAUACACAGACACUGGCUGCCAGACUGAUCUGAUGGGAGAGUUUGGCACCCAAGAGUCAUCACUACUUGCAGACAGAGUCAAACUCAGUUGGCAGUAUGAAGAGGCUAAGAAAAAGAUGUCCAGUAUUCAGCAUCAGUUGGCCCAGUUGGACGGUGAGAGCUGGUCUGGACGUGCAGAGGCCGAUCGGGAUUGGGACUGUCUUCAGCUGCUGCGGGAGAAGGAGGCUCUUCUCCAGGAGAUCACUCUACUUAGCCAGCAGCAGCACUCCCCAGACACGCUGCUCCAGCUGCAGGAGGAGAGAAACAGGCUGGAGGAGGAGGUGCAGAAAGCCCAGAGUGUCCAGAGUCAGGGAGCCAAUCAGAGGAUAUUAGAGCAGGAGAAGAGGAAUGUACUUAUGAGGCAACUUGAGGAAGCCACCCGUAUCACCACCUAUCUACACUCUCAGCUGAAGAGAUUCUGUCUCUCACAGUUGAGGUGUACCUACGAUGAAAAUUACAGAUCUCUCCAUUCUUUCCUAUCAGCCAGUAAUCUGACGGUGUCCUCCAGCAGUAGCCGUGGCUCUUUAGCCUCCAGUCGUGGCUCUUUGGCAUCCAGCCGUGGUUCUCUCAGCUCCGUCAGCUUCACAGACAUCUACGGCCUGCCCCAGUAUGAGCGAACAGAAGGCAGCUCUGAUGUUCUGGACCCGUCUUUCCGCUACCUUCUCCCCUUGGAGACCCACUGCAGGGACGGUUCAGCCUUUGGGCCAAAACGGUCCCAUGACACACCACAGUCUCUCACAUCUCUCUCCUCUCGGUCCUCGCUUUCCUCGCUCUCCCCUCCCAGCUCCCCCAUGGACACCCCCUACCACUCAGCCCCACAGGACUGCCCUCUGGCCCAGAUGACAGAGGAGUACAUGGAGGUUGCCAGCAGGGGUCUGCUGGCUGAAGGACUACGGAAUCAGACUCAAUCCCAGCAGCACACUACUCUUCCUGGGGAAGGGGAAGUGGGAAUCUCAGCCUCUGCACACCUCCUGGAGGGGAAGAGCCAUAGAGAUGGAGUUCUUCAAGGAACGCACAGCUCCACAGGAGUGACCCUGCGCUCUAAAAGUGCAAGUAGGACAAGCAGAAGAGCAAGACGAGUGUCUGCAGGAGUAAAUGAAGAUGUUUUGGCAACAGACAGUGGGGUGUUUGAAGCCUGGAGCAGAAGUAGGACAGAGGAAUCAGAAGAAGUUAGUUUUACUCAAGAUGUCCCAGCCUCAGAUCCAGUUCAGAUUCAGAUUGGUCUUCUAUAUGAUUCGAACAGCAUGUUUUUGCUGCUGCAUGUCCUUCAGAUGAGAAAUUUAAGCAAGGCCACCAUUAGAGAUGGAUGCAAAGUAUUUGUGAAGGUUCAUGUUCUCCCGGUGGACUCCAGUCGGCCCUGCACAUAUUACUGCUGUAAGGCCCAGGAGCCUCAAUCUCUUCUCAGCUUUAAUGAGGGCUUCCGAAUCCCUUUGAGUGCUGGAGGCCCCGGGGCCCAUGCAUUACAGUUAAACCUCUGCGCUGUAGGACCCCUCUCCCAGGAAGAGCUACUGGGCUCUGCUCAGGUCUCGCUGUCAGACUGUGCAGGCAGCACUGAAAUGAUCUUCCAGUGGCUUAAAGUGCAUAUCAACAACACAGAGAACCACAGGCCUGAGCACAGCCGCCUCAGUCAACCCAACCGUAUCAUGGAUGAAGAGGAGAACGAAGGCAAGCUUGAGGUGUCAGUGGUGACUCGUUUGGAGGAGAUGAAGAAAGAGUUACAGAGGAGUGAAGAGGAGCUGGAAAGGAAGGAAGAGCAAGGAGAAGCCGUUUCUGAGAGGAGUUGGCAGGCUGAGUCAGUGGACAGCGGCUGCAGUAACAGUACAGCGUUUGUCAUUCCCUGUCCUGAGAGUCUUUGCGGUGAAGGCAUCUGCAUGACCUCUGGGAGACGCUGUCUCCAGCCUGCAGAGAGAAAUCCAAUAGUAAAGGUGGACAAGGCAACCAACACAGAAGGUGUGUUUCCAGAGCCAAUGAGAAUGCGGCCGAAAGAAAGGACAGGACGCUGGGGUCACAGCUCACCGUUCAUGCGCAGCAGCACAAUAGUCAGAUCUCAGACGUUUUCACCUGGAGCGCGCAGUCAGUAUGUCUGUAGGUUGUACAGAAGUGACAGUGAUAGCUCUACUCUACCAAAGAAAUCCCCCUUUAUCAGAAACACUCUAGAGCGACGAACCCUGCGAUAUAAACCGCAGUCCCACCGCUCCUCUCUGGCUGAGCAGCCCACACGUACCUCUCUGGACCUGGAGCUGGACCUCCAGGCUUGCCGUACACGACAGAGGCAGCUGAGCGAGGAGCUGGCCGCGCUGCGGGAGCUCAAACUGCGGCUGGAGGAGCCCAUGCAGGGCCCCCGCGGGCCUGCGGAUCUCCCUCAUUGGGCUCUGCGGGAUGAGCGUUUCCGAAACCUGCUGCGUGAGGCCCAGAGACAGUCCAAGCAGACUAGACAGGAGCAGAGGCAGGAGGAAGCUGCUGAGAGGAGGUUGCGAAAGGCCUCAAAAGAGGUUUUGCAAAUGAGGGGCCAGAGCCACAAAGAGCCCCUUCCUGUGCAGACGUUCAAAGAGAAGAUGGCUUUCUUUACUAGACCAAGAUUCAACAUCCCGCCUCUGCCAGCCGACGAUGUGUGAGCGCCCCCUAGGCCACACUAUCAAAUAUGAAGAAUCUGUCUGUUUUUGUUUUUUGUAUUCAUGCCCAUGAAGUAAUUAGAACAAAAAUGUAGUUAUUUCAGCACAAAGAUUAAAAGUUAUUUGAUAUGCAACAUUCGAACAACAGAAAGCUGUACAAAUCAAGUGUGUGUGUGUGGUUGUGCGUGAUUGUGAGUGUGUGUGUGCGUGCGUGUGGUAGUACUAACGAACACGUACACUUAUAUUUUAUGUAAUUAUUGACAUCUUGGCAAUUUUUCCUGCUUGUUUAAAGGAGGAAAUAACUGUUUUAUAAAAGAACAAAGCAUCUUUUUACUCCUGUACGAUGUACUUCUGAUAUUUCGAUGUCUAUGCUUACUUAAGGCUGGAAGACGGGAACAAAGUCAGUUUAGACAAAUUCACUGUACUGUAACUUAUUUUAUAGUACUUUUCCUUGAAGGAAAUAAAAAUGUUCCCUGCUUUUUAAUGUAUUUUAUAAAGCUUAAAACAAAUAGCACUUACUGUAAGUGUUUUUGACGUACAGUAGAAUGGAAAUUUUGGCUGAUUUUGUUUCUGUUACCUGAUUCUUUAAAGUUAUUUACUUAAAAUGUCACUUUUUUGAUCCACUUUUGUUGCAGUUGUCAUUGUCCCUUGUGCUGUUAUUCUAUUAAAGUUAUUAAUAUUAAUUAUUACUUGUACUUUUCAAUAUAUAGACAAAUAUAAUUUUGUAUGCUGUCUGUAAAAACGUCUGCAGUGUUACCUUUCUUAUGAAGAUAAAAGCAUUAAAAACGUGAAAGUGCAGCUGAAUUUGCGAAAUGAUCUUUCAAGAUCAAUACGAUUGUUGGUUUGGUUUAUUAUGUUAUGUCAAGUUUAUAUGAUCUUCAGGUCUUUAAAGGCUUCCCCUCUUCCAGAUUUUUUUUAUCUUAGUUGUCCAGAAGGUGGCGUCUCAAACCUGCGUCUGUAUUCAGAUGUGUUUUGGUGGUGUUUCAGGAAAAAACAACCAUGUUGUAGACUACAAAACUGCACACAGUAAUCCUUAAAUACAUAAAUAUUACUCAUUAUGCUUUGCAAUGUCAUUUCUUUUACGCUAUGCAAUAUUUAUCAGAAGGACUAUUAAUGAACCAUUACUUGGAGUGAUUAACUUCAGCUAAAUGAUUCUGGUCCACUUUAGCACUUUUUCGGGCUUUAGAUGGCUUUAAAUAGAAGCACAGCAGGUUUAGUUAAAAUGCAUCAGAUCUGGAACAUUAAUGAGGUGGAAAUCUUAACACUAGAAACAGGAAGACAGUGCUGUUUGUUCAAAAAUAGAGCAAAAUUGCUGUUGUAAUCAUUAAUGAUCUUGAAAGCUGCACAGGGGCAUAAAACCUCUCAUUAAAGAAAUUUCCACGGAGAGCUUUGAUGGUUUUUUAC